GCUGCCUUCGCCCUUCUGGCCCGGCGGCGGCGAGGGGCGCCUGUCCCUUUAAGGCCGGCCCUGGCGGGCUGCUGUGCGGGGAGCCGAAGGAAGUGACGGGGCGGUCGCGGGGAAAGGAGCGCCCGGCAGCCGGCCGGAGGGCGGGCGAGAGAGCGAGAGCCCGCGGCGCCCGCGGAGGGCAGAGCGCCGGCUUGGACCGGCGCGGGAGGAGCGGCAGCGGCAGCAGCAGCAGCAGGAACGCCCCGUCCAGGGCCGGCCCACGCGGCGCCUCUCGCUCCGGCGGCACAGGGAGAGCGCAGCCCCAGCCCCGGGUGGACGUCGCGGGCAAGUUGGCCGGAGCGCUCCGGAGGGGCUCCGCUGGGGGCCGGCCGCCGCGCCCCGCUCCGCUGGCUGCCGGGGGAUGCGCGGGCCGGGCGGCGGGCUGGCGGCGCUGCUGCUGCUGCUGCUGCGGCUCUUGCUGUGGCGCGGGCUGGCCGCGGGCGGGGCGCCGUCGGAGCUGCGGGUGCGAGUGCGGCUCCCCGACGGGCAGGUGACGGAGGAGAGCCUGCAGGCGGACAGCGGCGCCGACUGCGUCAGCCUGGAGCUGCGCCAAGGCGACGGGACCCUCGUCAGCCUGACUGCCGACUUCAAACAGGAGGUGAAGAUCUUCCGGGCCCUCAUCCUCGGGGAACUGGAAAGAGGGCAGAGCCAGUUCCAAGCACUUUGCUUUGUCACCCGUCUCCACCGGAAUGAAAUCAUUCCUAGCGAAUCUAUGGCAAAACUGCGACAGAAAAACCCACGAACGGUGCGGCAGGCAGAGGAGGUGCGCGCCCUCGAGCAUCUCAGCAUGGAUGUUGCAGUCAACUUCAGCAAAGGGGCGCAGCUGAGCUCGCACAUCUACAACAUCUGUUCAGAAGCCAAGGAGGCCAUUUACACUCGGGAAGAAGAUGUGAAGUUCUGGUUGGACAAGGGGGUGGACGGCUCCAUGUUUGAAGUCCUGCCCCAGUCUGCCGACCUGCCCGACCUACAGCGUUGUCGGCUUUGCUCGGACCGCUGGAAGGCCUGCAUUUGCAGCUACUCGCUGAGCAUCGAGUGGUACCCCUGCAUGCUGAAGUACUGCAAGAGUCGCGAUGCCGCUGGGAAGGUCUCCUCCUACAAGUGCGGCAUCCGCAGCUGCCAGAAGGGCUACAGCUUUGACUACUACGUGCCACAGAAGCAGCUCUGCCUGUGGGACGAAGAGACCACCUAGCAGGGGGCCCGGGCGGCCAUUUUGGUGCCCCUGGCGCUUCUGUUAAGCCUCCCUCCCUUCGCAUUGCUCUGGAUUGUACAAGAAAGAAGGCUGCCUGGAAGAGGAGGAAAGGGGUGGGGAAGACCCAGAGGCACUUGGUUUCAUGAAGGCUUGCUGUGAGUGAGUCAGGCUUCUUAGCCCUCCCGCCAUAUCUCCCUUGGACUUGUGGGAAGGGGCUGUGUUUCGCUGACUCCAUAAUGAAGAAAGGACAGUGAAUUCUAUGCACUUGAACUGCAGAGGAAUCCUCAAGGUCUCUGAGCCCGCCCCAACCUGUUUGGCGUCAGCUGUCUCGGCUUCCAAGUUUCUUGUCGACCAUAAACUAAAUGUGACCCGCUGCUGCUGCUGCUUUUUAUAAAGAAAACUGAGGGAAGUGAAUGGACAGUCUUUCUUGGCAUGCCUCCCAAAGAGAGGCCAGAGAGAGCUGGAGGUCACGUGGGUGAGAGAUUUCCCUCAACACAACCCUCUCUGGGCCCUUCAGCCCCUCAGGAGGCUUCAACAGCUGAGGCGUGUCUGUCAGUUUUGAAAGAGGGGGGAGACAUUCCGCUUGCUACUUGGAUCGGCCUCUAGAGGGAGACAGAGAGCCACCCCAAGAUGGCUGAACCGAGAAGUCACGAUGUGACGCAGCUGGAGUCGAAGCAAAGGUGAAAAUGCGAGGAGGUCAGGAUCUUUUGCAGGAAGAUGGAAGCACCUGAGUAACAAGAUUUAUCCUGGGGGGCUACUGCUCUCUUGCGGUCAUUCCGGGCCUCUCCAAAAACUAAUGUAUGCUUACUUUGAUGAGUAGGUAACGUAGGUUCUGGAAGGAUCUGGUGGCGUCACCGUCACCGGUUAUACUCAGUGAUCAUUUACUUGAUGCUAGGGGAACAGGGAGUGGAGGAGGAUCACAGAGUCCCACCACUUGAUGCUGAUUGGCUUUCUAGCACUGGUUACGGGAGGAGGGGUCAAGAGACCGAUCAACUGAAAAGCCUUCUUGUUUUUUGGUUCAUCCAUAGGACCAACAAAUCAGUUCUUGCAAAGCUGGUUUUUUUUCCCAGGCAUCAGUUCUUCAGCCUCUCUUCCACGGCAGAAGAGAAGGUUGGGAAGUAAGGAUACAGCAGAAACCUGCAGUGCAUGUCUUUGUUCUAGUGCCUUCCUCCAUCAUUCACAGCAUGUCCAUGUAUUUGAGCCUGCUGUCCCCCAGACUGGUGAGUGGGUGAAAAGGUGCCAGUCCAUAAUUGCAAGGGCCCCACUGAAUUAGGGGACCUGGAAUAGUUAGAAGAGGGUUCAACUACUGGCGGCGUAGGUGCCACAAGGGGCAAUGGCUGUGCACAUUUGUGGUACCCUCAGGGGCUAGUUAUAGUGUAGGAUCCGGCCCACACUCCAGCCUGCCCCUCCAGCUCUAUGCCACCGCCAGCUCCUCAGUUCAGUUAGAUCACAGGCAAAUCCAUCUGCCUUACACCGGAUCAGGCCCUGGUCCGUCAAGCUCUGUAUGGUCCUUUCUGAUUCCAGUGGCUCAUCAAGAUCUCCAGCAGAAGCGAGUCAUUUCCACAUCUACUGCAUGGUGACCUUUGAGAUGCCAGUGGGACCUUCUUCAUGCAGAGCAGUAGAGGGAUAGGCUAUGCAUGUACAGCGUUCAUCAGUAGAAUCAUAGGGUUGGAAGGGACCUUCAGGGUCAUCUAGUCCAACCCCCUGCACAUUGCAGGAAAUGAAAAGUUACCUACUGCCCCCCAAAGUUAGCUUACUGCAUGCCCAGAAGAUGGCAAAACACCAUCAGGACUGGCCUGGGAGAAAUUGCUACCUGACCCCAAAGUGGUGAUGGGCAUUACACUGGGCAAGUAAGAAGGGGCCAUGAGAACUAAGCACUGAUGUAGCCCUUCUUGCCCUCCCUCUCAUGAUCUGCCUAGGUUCACAGAAUCAGCAUUGCUGUCAGAUGGCCAUCUAGCCUCUGCUUAAAAACCUCCAAAGAAGGAGAGCCCACCACCUCCCCAGGAAGCCUGUUCCACUGAGGGCCAAGCUACACAUGACGAAAGACACUUGCCUGACAAGUGGAUUGAGUGGAGGGCAAGUGAACAGGGAGAAAUACACUUGCCGUUCAAGUGUCAUUUGUCACUUGUAGCUUGGCCCUGAGGGACCGCUCUAACUGUCAGAAAGUUCUUUUGAUUUAAUUUCAACCCAUUGGUUCUGGUCCGACCUUCUGAUUACAAGUAGGAUGACAAUCUCUCACACUGUGGCCUUCUGUGGCCCAAGUGCUAAAACUGCGUCUUAGAAUUGUUGGGGGAAACAUUCCCUAUAAUGUUCUGCCUCAGUAGUCUCAAUCUGUAAAAUGGGGGAAAGGGUAGCCCAGGCUAUUGUGACUGCUUCCACACACAUUGGAUAAUCCACUUUCAAUACUCUUCAGUGAACAUUUGGAACUGCUUUUCCAUGUGUGGAACAAAAAAUCCACUUCCAAAGGAUUGCUAAAGUGCAUUGAAAGUGCAUUAUUCAACGUGUGUGGAAAUGGCCUUUAUGUUAAGCUGCUUAUAAGAUUGGGGGGUGGGGCAUUGCCUUCUUUCAUGGGAUAAGGGAUACUGAAGAAACUUUAUCCAAUGGUCACUUCAUAGAUAGCGUUCUUGUGGCUGCUGGUUCUCUCCAUCAUCCUGCUGAACAGAGAACUGAACCCUGUAUCCUGCCGGAAUUUGUGCCAAAAAAUGUUCUUUUCACUAGACAGGCAGAGAGGGAAAAUCCAGCUGACAGUUUAGGAGUUGUAUCAAAAUGCAUUUGCAAAGAAUGUUGCCACCUCCCAAGUCUUGGGGCAGGCAGAAAUCCAACAGGUGAGACCUUUCUCAGCAUGCCUUGAUGGGGAAAAACUCUACCUGGCUGAUUUCUGUUCACCACUCUACCCUUUAAAGACAGGGGUCUCUGAUGGAGAGAAUAAGCCAACAGGCGCGCUUGCAAGUUGCCUCUGCUACAUAGGGCCAUUUCUCAGGCCAAGCCCGCCGAGGCAACUGCCUGGGGCAGCCAGUUGGGGAGAAUGCUUAUGUUCCAUCCCAGCCAUCAGCAGUAUGGUAGAUGAUGGGACUUCGCCUCCUGGGCCUGCCCUGCCGCCAGCCUCUUCCAGCCUCGUGUCAACACCGCAGAGCUUGGUUUGGAUCUGGCCAAUGAAGCCACAAGCCUGGGAGGAGAUGGUUGUGCAAAAUACCUUGGACUGGCCCUGCUGUGACAGCUCUGCCUUUUGGCUUCCUUUCUCCUUGCUUGCCACCCCCCCUCCCCCUUGAUGUGCCUUAUGACUUACUCCUCUGGACAUUCCGGGCCGCAGAGAUUUCAAUAUCGCCAAUGUUUCAUUUCAAAACAAUUGUAUUUUUAAACUUUUGCCACAGAACUAUUUUUGUACAUCUCUCUCCGGGGAAAGGAGGGGCAGUUGGAAGGGUUUUGUUUUUUUAAUUGCCAUAUGAAGUGAAACAGAUAAAACUUGAAUGGAAAGCUAUUUUUUAAAAAAAGAUUAUUUAUCAUAUGUAAGAAGAAUAAACGGAUUUUUUUAAAAUGAA